AUGGCGUGGUGCUUGAAUUUGUCUUCAGCCUCUCUGGCCACGAUCGCAGCGUUAAUUGCGUUCGCUUCUCGCCCAAUGGUUCAUAUCUGGCGUCUGCCAGUGAUGACACGUCGAUUAUCCUCUGGUCCAAGCCUAAAACUGCAGGAGACGAUUGGCGUUGGGACCAGAUCUCGUCGCUCAGCGAUGUGGGGCGCACCAUUCUGUCGCUGGGCCACAAGGGUGAUAUCACGGACCUGUCAUGGUCACCUGAUUCCGAUUUCCUUGCGUCUUCGUCAGUCGACAACCGUUGCGUCAUUUGGAACGUUGAAAAGGGCGACGUGGCCGAGCGACGCAAGGACCAUACUCAAUACGUGCAGGGUGUGGCUUGGGAUCCGCUCAACGAGUUCAUAG